AUGGCGACGGACUGGACUGUGGGCGUCAUGCCCAUGCACCAAAUACGCAAGCCGCCCUUCACCAUAGAGGCUCCUGGCUACGAAAAGGUGCCUGGCGAGACCAUCCCGCGUCGCCACCCAGCAGCCAAGGACGGCCUGCUCAACAAGCCCGCCGAUGACGUACACACCGUCUGGGACAUUGUCCGCCGCAGUGCCCGCGAGUAUCCCAACCAUCUUGCCGUGGGCCACCGAAGGCUCAUUGAGCUGCACAAGGAGAUCAAGAAGGUUCCCAAGAAUGUCGAUGGCCAAGUCAUUGAGGUGGAAAAGGAGUGGCAGUUCUUUGAGCUGUCCAAGUAUGACUUCUUGACCUUCAAGGAGUACGAGACGCUCGUCCUGCAGCUCGGCUCCGGCCUGCGCAAGCUGGGCUUCAGCGGCAGCCACAAGCUGCAUCUCUUUGCCACGACCAGUGUCAACUGGAUCUCCAUGUCCCAUGCCUGUGCUUCGCAAGGCAUCUCCAUCGUCACUGCCUACGACACGCUCGGCGAGAGCGGAGUCGAGCACUCUCUCGUCCAGACUGAUGCUGAGGUCAUGUAUGUCGACCCUCAUCUGCUCAAGACCGCCGCAGGCCCCAUCAGGAAAUCAAAAGUCAGGACUGUCAUUGUCAACGAGGACAGCAUCUUCACCCUGGGCGGCGAGGUCGAGGCUUACAAGAAGGAGAAUCCGGAUAUCCGCCUCAUCACCUGGGAGGAGCUCCGAAAGCUCGGCGAGGAGAACCUGGUUGAGCCUCAGCCCGGCAACCCCGAGGACAUUUUCUGCGUCAUGUAUACCUCUGGUUCCACCGGUCCUCCCAAGGGUGCUUGCAUCACCCACCAGGCGCUUGUUGCGGGAGUUACGGGCCUCCUCGCCUCCGUCGGCGAGACCGUCAGUGACAAAGAGGUUGUUCUUGCGUAUCUGCCGCUUGCCCACAUCUUCGAAAUGGCUCUCGAGAACCUCGUCAUGUUCAUUGGUGGCUGCUUAGGCUACGGAAAUCCUAGAACUCUCUCCGAUACUUCCAUGAAGAACUCCGCUGGCGAUAUGCGAGAGCUGCGACCGACCGUUCUUGUUGGAGUUCCCCAAGUAUGGGAGACUGUGAAGAAGGGAAUCCUGGCCAAGCUGGACACUUCUAGCCCCAUCCUCAAAUCUGUUUUCUGGGGAGCCUUCAACUACAAGGGAUUCAUGACCCGGAAUAAGCUUCCCUUGGCCACCAUUUUCGACAGCAUUGUCUUCGGAAAGGUCAAACAGCUGACGGGAGGGCGCCUUCGAUUUACCAUGAACGGUGCCAGCGGCAUCUCGGACAGCACGAAGCAGUUCCUGUCCCUGGUUAUCGGCCCCAUGUUGGCUGGCUAUGGCUUGACCGAGACCUGUGCCAACGGUGCACUUGGAAACCCCCUGGAGUACUCUGCCAACUCCAUUGGCCCCGUCUCUGGUGCCAUUGACGUAAAGCUGGUUGCCAUUCCUGAGAUGGGUUAUUCUACCGAAGCCAAGGUUCCUCAGGGUGAGAUCUGGAUGAAGGGUCUUCCCAUCAUGAAAGAGUACUAUAACAACCCAGAAGAGACGGCCAAGGCCCUUACCCCGGAUGGCUGGUUCAAGACUGGAGAUAUUGGCGAAUUCGAUGCCGAUGGCCACUUGCGUGUCAUUGAUCGACUCAAGAACCUGGUCAAGAUGCAGGGCGGCGAGUACAUUGCACUUGAGAAGUUGGAGUCCGUUUACCGAGGCUCCCAGAUUGUGGCCAACGUCAUGGUGCACGCGGACCCCGACCACAACCGCCCUAUCGCCGUCAUCAUGGCCAACGAGAAGGUUCUCGCUGCAAAGGCUGCGGAGCUCGGUGUUGACGAGCACAGCAUGCACCGCGAUUCCAAGGUCCAGGCAGCAGUUCUCAAGGACCUGCAGACUACCGCCAAGCGAUCUGGCCUAUCUGGCCUGGAGACUGUGGGCGGUGUGGUUGUUACUGAUGCGGAUUGGACCCCGGAUAGCGGCCUGGUCACCGCCACUCAGAAACUCAACAGGAGAGCCAUUCGAGACCACUUCAAGGAGCAGAUCGAAGAGUGCCUGAAGCACGCCCCUUAG